AAAGCCCCAGCCCCCCCCCCAGCCAGAUCCAUCCCCCGCUGCCCAUCACAUCACACAUUCCCUCGCUGCCAGCGAUUAUUACUCGCGAUAGUUCUGGAGAAACAGGGUGGUUAAGGGACACAUCCGGUGAUCUAGCAGCUGUCUUUGCAGUGGGUCUCGAUUAUUAUUCUGGCCUUGACUCUGCCGCUCUUGCAAACUACACAGCCUUCCGCUUCUGCACUUCCGCCCCGCUUGUCUUUUUCUAGGGCUCUACGGAGUAUAUAUAUUCCCAUUGAAGCAAGAUCUGGGAUCCUAUAUAUUUUCUUUUUUUUCUUUUCUUUUUUCCCCUUUUCUUUUUCUGUUUUAAUCCUAGACCGGUUGGCCAAUCUGCCUACAAUGUUUGGCAUCAUUGCGGAUUUACUAUCCUCCGCGCUCACCAUCCUCUUCCCUAUCUUCGCAUCUUACAAAGCACUCCGAACCUCCGACCCUUCCCAAUUGGCACCAUGGCUUAUGUAUUGGGUUGUAAUGUCUAUAGUGUUGCUGGUUGAAUCCUGGACAUAUUUCAUCGUCAGAUGGUUCCCAUUUUACAGCUGGAUCCGCCUCUUCGCCCUCUCCUACCUCGUCCUCCCGCAAACCCAAGGCGCCAAGCUGCUCUACCAGCAAUACAUCGACCCCUUCCUCCUCCUCUACGAGCGUGAAAUCGAACAAUUCAUCAGCCAAGCACACGACAGCGCCAAAUCCGCCGGCCUCGAGUACCUCUACAAAGCCAUCGACUUCAUUCGCGAAAAGGUCCUCGGCCUGCCCACCACCGCCCCUCCUCCCCCGCAACCACCGCCGGCAGCCGGAGCAGCGGGUUUCGCCCAAUCCUUACUAUCCCGCUUCACCAUCCCUGGCGCCGCGGGUGCCGCAUCCUCACUUGCCGGCCCCGCUGCGGAUCUGUACUCCCUGCUGGCCACCGCUGUGGGGUCAGCAGCCACCUCGGGGAAAACCAGAGACAUGCAGGCUGAGGAGCUUAGCGCCAGCGGCAAGCUGAUUCCUGAUAGCAUUGCCACGGCGUCGAAGGCGGAGCAGGCGGAGUAUAUCGCGUCGCAGAAGGAGCGGCUUGGGGUCCUUUUAUCGGCGUUUGAUCGCGAGCAGCGGAACCUGCGGCUGGAUCCGAGGGGUGUCGGGGUUAGUAGUGAUCAGGAUGAUUUGGCGUAUGGGAGUAGUGGGUAUGAUGAGUAUGAGCGGGGAGCGGGGCUGAGGAAGAAUCGGAGUGAUGUUUCGUUUGAGAAUAUUGAGCAUGAGGAGUUUUUGGCGGGGGGCAGGGAGGGGAGGCAUCAUUCGCGCAGCCCACACCGGAGGAAGGGGGGGGAUGAUGUGGCGGAUUUUGCGAGGAGGUCUGUGGAGGAGAUUGCGAGGGCUUCGGGCGUUUAUCGGUAGAGAGGGUUAUCGGCUUUUCGUAUCUAGUGCGGAUUUUCUUAUUCCCUGUUUUAAUGCUUCCCUUGUUCUUAUUUUUUAACUUUUAUGGUGUUUGCUGUCAUCCCUUGUGUUGCCGGUGGCGCAUAUAUACGUACAUGUCUUGUCCACAUGUACUAGAAAUCAAAGAUCGCAUAUCAUGAAUUCAUGAGUUGAUAUACCCUUUCGAUUAUAUUCAUCGCCCCAAUGGCGGUUGUUUCCUCGCACACGACCCGACCCAGGGGACCAAAGGCGCGAACGCAGAUAAAUCCACAAUGCUAUUAUCAGACAUGGCUGCCCCUGAUAUAUCUAGCUGGGUAGACUUGGACUUACCCAGCACACACACUUCAAAGAUACCUACCUACCUACCUACCUACCUCGGCGAUUUUACAGCAAUACUAUAUAGCUGAUCAUACGGGAAGAUGGUGGAGCAUAGAGGUUGUAUGCGAGGCAAGCCAUAGCGUGUAUGUGUGUGUGUGAAUCUCUAGAGCUCUCAGCUCCUUCCUUUAUCUCCCCUUCUCACCCCGAUAUUGUUUCCCCGUCUCUAAGACGGUCUCUUUUGAUUCUGCAGUGAAGGGAAUACGCCGAAUAUAUAUAUAUUUUCCAUAUCUUAUACGAUGAACAGGGAAGUAUAGUUAUUUACUAUAUCUAUCAAAGUACCCGCCGGUGCGCACGUCUACAUCCCAUACAGUCGCCAUCCCCCGCCCCCCGCCGCCCUCCCCCCAAACGCUCUACAUAUGCGUUUACGGGAGGAAUCACAAUCACAUUCUCUACCCCUUCAUUGAAUUCCAGCAUCUUUUGUACUUUUUGUUUUUUGAAAGGUGCGUACAGUGAAUUAUGUCCCUGUGGAUUAGAACUUCGAGACAUUUCAUCCAGUGAAUAUGAAACACGAACAUGAACAUACCUUCUUCCAUCUCGUA